UUUUCUUAGCUGUUGCAUUGAUAGUAGGCAGUCUAGAUAGACUAAUUUUCUAGUUCUAUACUCAAAUUCAAUUAUUGGAAGAGGUUUCCCAUAACAGAGUGGAAAAUCCCCACCAAUAAGGAUAGGGAGACAGUCCCCUCAAAUGAGGGUUGUGUGGAUUCUUUUGCGCUUCUAUGAACUUGACAAUUUGAAUUGAUUGAACAUAUGAAGUCCAGCAGCAGUUCUUCAACCCAACCAUUACUUGGGAGACUGUUGGAAUGAUAGGUCUGGAGGUGUAUUUAGAAUUUGAUAUAUUCUUUGCUUUUAACUGUCUAUUAUUUUAUUUUCUAAUUAUUUAAGAUUUUGAUAUAAAAUAUUUUAAAAAUAAGUUCAAAUGACAUUUUAUUAUGUCAUUAUCAAAAUGUGUUAUUGUUAUACACAUAUUCUGAGCAUACAUGUAAAAUGACACUAUUAAUAAAAAAAUUGCAUCUCGUACUAAAAUGGCAAAAUAGUGAAAUUAUAAAUUAUUUAACAUAUUGAAAUAUGUCAAUUAAGAAAAGCCCGGAACAUCUAUCCAUCCAACAUCACAUGUAAGAUAUUUAAGUUGACCAGAUAUACCUUGCCAAAAGACGUCAAAUCAGCUAAUCAGUUGGGACAAUCAAAACCAAACAGUUCAGCCCUAUCAAAUUGAACCCUAUUGGUUUUGGAGACAAGCUUAGGAGUUGCGGGAGACCAAUCAUUUGCAGACAAGCUUUUAAGGAGAGAAGUUGUGGGAGGAGUUGCAGCAAUUUCAUUUUCAAUGAGAAGAGAUAGGGCACCUCAGAAUCACAACCUGAUAAAUGUGAUUCUGAAGUGAACGGAUGGGUUUUAUAUUAGGAGAAGAAUCACUUGAUUCCUAUGUGAGAUCUCCUCUUGAGAUGUUCUCACAAAAGAAUUACUUCAUGUCCAAAAAAACAUGUUAGAAGAAUCAAGAGAGAAUUAUGUUCAUUAUCUACCAAACACGACUAAAGUUGUGGAAUCAUGAUUCUACAAAAACACUUUUCAAAGAAUCGUGCAAUCAAACGUGCCCUUAUGCAACAGAUAGAAACUGAAUCAAACCAAACUGACUGAAUGCAUCAGCCAAAACUGAAAAGCCUACUGAACCCAAGCAAAAAACCGAGAUUGAACCAAUAUUAAGUUGAUAAUUAAGAAACCGAAAACGAAAAAAAAAAAAAAAUCCACUUAUUUUCUUAUGUGUACAUAUAAACCAAAACGGGCUGAGACAUGAUCCGAUAGCAGUCCAUUUUACAAACAAAUAACAAAAAAUUGAUAAGAAAAACUCGUCACAAACCAGACUAAAACCAAAACUUCCUAAAUAAUUUUGUUUGAGCUUGGUCCAACAUCAGGGCGAAACCGGACCAAACCAACCGUUUGACACCUUAAUUUUAUUCUUACCAAAAAAAAACAGAAGAAUUGAAUAACGAAAUCAAAAUGAAAAAAAAAAAAAAAAAAAAAACGGCGGGGAAGACGAGUUUGGUAGGAGUGGCACCUUUCACGCAUCAAUGCCUUAAAAGUAUAAGCUACACAUUCACGGACAGUCAGACACAGCUUUCCUUCAAUUUGGCCACUCAGAAGCAAAACUCUACUAUUCUCCUCCUCUUCUGGCAAUGGCUUCCACAACUACUCCUCCAGCUCAGACUGUGUCUUCUCGGGAUGUGAGCAGCAAUGACAACGUUGACAAAAUGAUCCAAGCUCAUCAGGAAGCGGCUGCUCGGCUACCUCCAAUUGAACAAGUUCGGACAGUUCUCGAUCGCAGUAUCCGGGGUAUGCUAUCUACUUUUUCUCAGAAGUAUGAGGGAUAUCCUUCAAGUUCCAUGGUUGACUUUGCAUGUGAUCAAGAUGGGUGUCCAAUAUUAGCUAUCAGCAGCCUGGCAGAUCAUACAAAGGAUCUACUAGCUAAUCCUAAAUGCUCACUGCUUGUAGCAAGGGAUCCUGAGGACAAGACUGAUCUAGUUAUCACCCUACACGGUGAUGCUACAUAUGCUACUGAACAAGAUAGAGGAGCUGUCCGUGCUGCAUACUUGAAAAGGCAUCCCAGUGCAUUCUGGGUUGACUCUGGAGACUCCCAAUUUAUGCGAAUUGAACCAAAAGUUGUCUGCUAUGUGUCUGGUGUUGCAACUGCUCUAUUGGGAUCAGGAGGAUUGCUCACGUGUUGUCUCUUGAUGACAUGUGUUUCAUCUGUUCCAGAAUUUGGCAAAGAGGAUUACAAGGCCACAAAAGUUGAUCCAGUAGCUCAGUUUUCCAUUCCUGUUGCGUUGCAUAUGAAUAAAGAUCAUGCUGAAGAUACAAAGGUUAUUGUGCAACACUCAACAGCAAUUCAGGUCGAUCAUGCUUACAUGUUGGAUUUGGAUAGUCUUGGUUUCAAUGUUAAGGCUGGUUAUCAAGGGAAUACCUUCAAGCUUCGAAUACCUUUUCCUAGGCGCGCGGAGGAUAGAAAGGAUGUAAGGACACUUGUAGUGGAAAUGUUUCAAACAGCUGAAGCCUCAAAUUAAUUGAUCCCAAAGGUGAACUGUGAAAAGGAUCAUAUGUUCUUGGAUAAUGUCUCUUGUAUAUAAAGAAAUAUGAAUAUGCGGCAUCAGUAAGUGAAAUAAGGAAAUUGAUUGCUUCCAGUUCAUGUUAGAAACUUGGUAACCAGUAGUAAUGAUUUACUCUCUCUUUUCUGGGGGUAAUUUGCUUCUUUACUUUAAAAGGGUGCAAGAGGUUCUUAUGUAAGAAGAGACUAUAUCUUACAAAUAUAGCAUUGUUAUUGGCGGUUGA